AUGCAUUUCACGGCGCCAAUCAAAACAGCUGCCGUGGCUGCUGUCGGUCUCGCUGCCGCAGUUCCUAGCGUCUUGGCUGCCACAAUUCAGGAUCGAGCGCAAUUUGACUCGGCGUACUCUCACCACGCCAGCAUGAUGAGGAGGUCAGUCACUGGCAAUGGCAACGACCUUGACGGUGAGUACUCGUUGCAUGCGAACCACUUGAUGGUCAUCGCUCAGCCCUUGCGUCGCCUCGCACAGGUCAAAGCUAUGAUUACAUCAUCGUUGGCGGCGGGCUUGCUGGGCUCACGGUGGCAUCGCGGCUCUCGGAAGUAUCCAACGUUACCGUAGCAGUCAUUGAGGCAGGAGGGGAUGUGUACGGCGCAGACCAAAACAAGUUCCUGGUGCCUACCGGCAAUCUCUACGAUUCUGCUGUGAAGACGCAGUACGAUUGGCAGUGGCAGACGUCAUCUCAGGCUGGGGCCAAUGGCAGGAACUUGGACUGGCCUCGAGGCAAAGUUUUGGGAGGCUCCUCUGCUAUCAACGGGCUGUAUCUCGUGCGAAGCAACAAGGCGGAGCACGACAGUCUGGCCAGCUUGAUCAGUGCGCCGGACAUCUGGGGCUGGGACAACAUUUUCCGCGCGAUGAAGAAGAGCGAAACCUUCGUUCCACCCACCGGCCGUGUCCGCAACGUCUUGCCCGAUCUGCGCUACAACGAAGCCUCGCACGGAAGCUCAGGACCCAUCCACUACAGCUGGCCAGGUGCCGCGUUCCCGACCACAAACGACUUUCUGCAAUCCAUGGCGAAUACCGGAACACCCAUCUCGGACGAUGCGUACGGCGGCAGCAGCUCUGGCGCCUUCGUAGCCACUAGCGCAAUCAAUCCCCAAGACAACUGGCAUCGCAGUUUUGCGCGAAACGGAUACCUCGACCCGGCACAAAACAGGCCCAACCUGCACGUGCUCACGGGGCACCAAGUGACUAGAGUUCUCCUGGAUUCAUCGGACCCAGCAAACGUCCGAGCGACCGGUGUCCAAUAUGCGGCGUCACGAGGAUCAGAUGUCAAGACGGUCAAUGCCAACCGUGAGGUGAUCGUCAGCGGUGGUUCUGUCAACACGCCUCAGAUUCUGCAGCUCUCUGGCAUCGGUAACCAGCAGCACCUCGCCUCCAUCGGCGUGGACACCGUCAUCGACCUGCCUGGUGUCGGCGAGAAUCUCAAUGACCACGUCGUCACUUCCGUCGCUUGGGCUCCCCAGGGCAACGUCGAGAUGCCCGCACAAGGGGUGACGGGCAAUGCUGUUGCCGACUCUUACGUCAACGCUGCCACCGGCUACACGACGAUGAACACUCUGCUGGGCAAUUACACUGCUGAGCUGGUCCAGCAAGCCAGAGCACAGAUGGCUCAAGCAGACGCAGCUUCCGAUGCUCGCGAUGAGGUCAAGCGAGCAUGGAACGUUACGCGCGAAGCUCAAUUGCAAGCCGUGUUUAGCGAAGGCAGUGCCAUUGGUGCUAUUGAGCUCCUGUGGGCCUAUGUGUUCGGCUCAAUGCAGGUCCAGGUCGCUCUGCAGCACCCGAUGAGUCGAGGCUACGUCCGCGCAACAUCCAACGACCCCUUCACUGCGCCAGAGAUCAAUCCCAACGUCUUUGGCGUCAAUUUCGAUCUCGCGCUCAUGCGGGAGGGUUUGAAGCUGGCCAGGCGUGUGGGUAACGCUCAACCCCUUUCGAACAGUCUUGGAAAUGAGAACAGCCCCGGCACCAAUGUCCAGGCGGACAACGACUUCGAGACGUAUGCCAGAAAUAGCGUGGGCACAGAAUACCAUCCUUCUUCGACCUCUUCCAUGCUGCCGCGAGGGGAUGGAGGUGUGGUGGAUGCGAACCUCAUGGUAUACGGUACCUCGAACCUGCGCGUUGUCGACGCUUCCAUCCUCUCUUCGCCCCUUUCGUGCCACCUCAUGGCACCGCUGUACGGAGCAGCAGAGGUGGCUGCGGAGAUCAUCGUGGCGCAUGCUCAAGGCAGGGGCUACACCGGAUCUGCACCGCCCAGAUCGGACAAUGACUCGGCGGGUCAGACGGACGGCGCACCUGGUGCUACGGGCGGACCCGGCUCCAACAACGGCAACACCGCCAACGGCAACGGCAGCGGCAAUGGCACUAGUGCUCUUGCUAGACCCAUCACUUACGUGGGCGCUCUGCUAGCUGUGACCAUCGCCUCCUUGUUGCUGUGAUGGCCUUCAAGCAGGCUUCUCACACAUUGGCCCUCAGCAAUAG